AUGUCUGGCCGUGGUAAGAAGGUUAAGAAACCCGCAGCUAGCAAGUCCUCCAAGUCUGCCAAGGCAGGUCUGCAGUUCCCGGUCGGCCGUAUCCACAGAUUCCUAAGGCAAGGAAACUAUGCAGAAAGGAUUGGCUCUGGAGCCGGUAUCUACCUGGCGGCUACUCUGGAAUACCUGUGUGCUGAGGUUCUAGAACUGGCAGGGAAUGCUGCCAGAGACAACAAGAAAUCCAGGAUCUACCCCAGACACAUCCAGCUGGCGGUCAGGAAUGAUGAUGAACUGUCCAAGCUGUUUGAUGGGGUCACCAUCGCUGAUGGGGGAGUCUUGCCCAACAUCCAUGCUACCCUUCUACCAAAGAAAACCAUGAAAGCACAAUCAUCCCAAGAGCCUAAAGUUGCAGAAUCUCAAGAAUUUUAAACUUUCUACAUCUUUGACUUGAAUCUUCUAUUUUGUCAUGCUAGGGUUUUAAUAUGAUGUAUAUGUGGUGUGUUAACUUGUAUUCUAAUUAAAGGUAAAUGUUUAAAUCUUUA